AUGAAGAAGAGGACAUCCACCGACUCCAAGCGGAAAGAGACCGGCGUGAGCGGCGGAGUCGUAAGUCAGGGCUACAGUGCGCCGGGUGCGGGGGUGACCAUCCUCAGGCAGACUGCCGGUUUUUUGAUGCGAUCUGCCGACAUUGUGACAAAAGGGGGCACAUCGCUCGAGUCUGCCGUUUCAAACGAAACUACAGCCCCCGACAGCCAAACAGCAGCAGCCGAAGACGAGACAGCACCCCCCCCCCAGGCAAGAGACCGCCAAGACGAGAGCCAGUGGAGCCGAGAUGGACGGAACCGUCGAAAUGGCGAGAACCGACAAAGAGAGGAGACCCAUCAGACGGUCAUCAUUGGCCAUUCAUCUAGCUGGGACGCCCGCAAGUGUUUACUAUGGGGGGAUAGGGUUGUCAUCCCGGGAAAACUACAAGAAAGGGUCUUGGAAUUAUUGCAUGAAGGGCACCCGGGCAUUGUUAAGACUAAAGCCCUGGCCAGGAGUUACGCCUGGUGGCCAGGGAUGGACAGACAAAUCGAGGCUUCGGUGGCGACAUGCAGACAAUGCCAAGCAUCCAGGCCAAGCCCUCCCGCCGCCCCCAUCCUGGAAUGGGAGACCCCCAGGGGACCUUGGUCCAGGAUUCAUAUAGACUUCGCCGAACCUACAAAGGGACACACCUUCCUCGUUACAGUAGAUGCUUACUCCAACUGGCUGGAGGUAAGCAACAUGAAAACCACCACCACGGAGGCCGUAACCAAAGAACUCAACAGACUAUUCUCAACCCACGGCCUCCCAGAUGUCAUUGUAUCAGAUAAUGGGCCCCAAUUUACCUCGCUGGAAUUCGAAAAAUUCCUAGCGGAACGGGGAAUACGGCUCAUACAACACAUAACCCCAAACACGACAACCAACAAAAGCCCGGCAGAACUAUUAAUGGGGAGAAAAUUAAUGUCCCCACUUGACAGGCUGCACCCCACAUACAACCCAGAAAAAAACCCCGACUCAUCUAGCAAGCACCGAACAUUCGCACCGGGCGACUCAGUAUACGCAAAAAACCUCACAGGGGACCCACUCUGGGUACCAGCAACCAUAACCCAGGUAACAGGUCCCCGCUCGUACCAGCUGCAAACAACCAACAGACGAGCAUGGAAGAGACACAUCGAUCAGUUAAGAUCAAGAACUAACACGGGAAAGACAACCGACACGCAAGCACACACGGAAAAAGAAACCACAGGGGGAAGGGGAAACCCCAAUACCAGCCAAGAGGGGAGGGAAAACCCCGGGAACCAAAAUAAACAAACCCAACAAGAAAGAAUCCAAGAAUACUCACCAACCAAAACAGGAGCAGACGAACAACUCGAAGCCUCGCCUGGAAGAAACAGCCAAGCCAGCUCAACCAGCCCGGAAAGACCGGGCGGGAGCAACAAAGCCAGCAGCUCGACCAACCCGAUUUGCAACAUUUCAUCGAUAAUGUUGGUGAUGAUGGAGCAGUGGCUACCCAGCUCAUAUUGGGGUCACCCUCUCAUCAUUGCAAUUGAGAAGGCUCUGUCUUCUCUGGUCAAUUUUGCUUGGGCUGGAAGAAAGGCUGGACGCAUAAUGGCUAACCCACUUUGCAAAGUGCCUACUAUGAAGGCUCUUUCUGAAUGUGGGCAUCACCAAGCAACUUGA